CUGACAUUCAAUAUCAACUUAUUAGUUUUAGUUAGUUUAUUUUAAUUUUUUUAUUUUGUAAAAACAAUCUAAAAUUGGAUCUGAGCGGUUUUCAUUUAGGUCAAAUUUAUUUGAUUUAGUGCGAUUUUUAUUUUUUGUAUUGGUUUUCGGUUUUAAUUUGGGAACACUGUAGUUUCACUUACAAUUAAAAAGUCAAUGCUGCAAUGAACGAGUCGAGAAUAGAAUGGGAAGAACAGAAGAAAAAAGAACUGAGUUGGAAUCGGUGAAAGAGGGUACUUGGAUGAGAGAAGAGAAACAUCAAAGCUAAUAGAUAAAUUUACUCAAGAGUUUGUCUUAGAUCUAAUCUUGCGUGGCCUACGAUUGGAUCUCAUUAAGCCUGGUCGUGUCCUCUUCUCAAAUGAGCAUACCCUCACGUUUACUCAAUUCAGGUAAGUACGUACUUGCACGGUGGUGCCAUCACUACUUUGGUGGAUGUGAUAGGCGCAGCUGCAAUUCCCGCCGCUGGAUUUCCGUGGGAGUCGGGCCUAUGUCAACGAGGAGAUUGAGAUCGAUGCUAAAGUUCUACGAGCAGGGAAGGGUAUGGCUGUUGUAAGCGUGGAGUUCAGGAAGAAAAAGACUGGCCAAAUUUUUGCUCAGGGACGUCAUACCAAAUAUAUUUCCUUUAUCACUAAAAUGUGAAACUGAGAACAAAUGACAGAAGAGCAUAUACGAAACUUUUGAGUAAACACCCUAACCAAACGAGAGAAACAAAAGAAAAAAAACAACACAAUGGCAAAAACAGAAGAAAGGAUCACGGAUUUAGAAUCAGUGAAGAGGUACUUGGAGAAGAAAGGAGAAGAAUCAGCACCAACGGUAGACAAUGAAUUGCCUCAGGAGUUUUUGGGACAUCUAGUCGUACGUGGCUUACGCCUUGAUCUCAUUGAGCCUGGCCGUAUCGUUUUCUCAAUGAAGAUACCUCCCAAUUUACUUAAUUCUAGUAACUGCUUACACGGUGGUGCCAUCACUACUUUGGUGGAUCUGGUAGGCGCAACUGCAGUUCCCACCGCGGGAUUUUCAUGGAGUUCAGGAGUUUCAGUCGAGAUCAAUGUAUCAUGCUUGGAUGCUGCAUAUGUCGAUGAGGAGAUUGAGAUCGAUGGCAGAGUCCUACGAGUAGGAAAGACUAUAGCUGUUAUAAGCGUGGAGUUAAGGAAGAAAAAAACUGGCCAAAUUUUUGCUCAGGGGCGUCAUACCAAAUAUAUACCCUUUAUCAGUAAAAUGUGAAACUGAGAAUAAAGUAUAGAAGAGGAAUUAUGACAUAUUUGAGGUAGAAAACUCCCUCUUCGUCCAUGAUUCAAAAAACUAUAAAAGAUUGGAUGGGAAAUUCCGUUGGGUUUUGUUUUUGUUUUCAUUCUUACAAACUGAUUGAGUUAUUUUGGUUCGAUUUAGACUAAAAUAAAAUUGAAUCAAACGCUUCUGAUUGAGUUGAAUCAUCAUAUUAAUCGAGUCAAUUUGUACUUACGGACACCUCUACUUUUAAGAAUUUGUUUGUUUUA